AUGAUUCCAGUCAAACAUGGCCAAAUCCCGUUUUCGCCAACUGUUUUUGUGGUGGUUCCAGAUACUCAGGGCUUUACGGAACUUGCGGGCGAGCGACUGUCGUUGUUGGAAGGGGCAUAUGAGGAGACACUGAACGCAGUGAAUGGGGGUGCGAACGCGGGACAAGGCACAAAAAGCUAG